AUGUUGACAUUUGGGCCGUACCUGAUAUCAUUCGCUACACAAGGUUUCAUCCAGUCUGGUCUGGGCAAGAGCUUUCAUUUCCCCGUCUCAUCCCAGAGCUUGUUAUCACUCUCAACCAUCAUCGUGUCCAUCCCAUUCCAGGCAAACCCAUUCGUUUCAGGCAGUGACCUCUACAAAAGAUAUGAGUCAUUACAAGAAGAAGUGAAGGCGCUGAGAGAGCAAAAUAGACUUUUGAAAGAGCUUUAUGGAGUCAAUGAUAUCCAACAGGGAGGCGUACUCCGUGUUCAACGCCUUGCAGAGCUCCAGAAUGCCUACGUAACCAAAAGGACGAAAUCUGUGGAGGCGAGGAAAGGGAAAAAGGACCUUGAAGAUGAAGAUUAA